AUCCACCGUCACCACGUCAGAAAAUCCCCUCAAUUUUUUUCCACCUUUUUCCCCCUCCUAUAAAAACAAAAAACCCCUUAAAUUAUUUCUUUCUUUCUUUUCUCUGUCAUCUGUAGAAAGAGAGAGAAAGCAACAACACCAAAAAAGAAAACCCCCUAACCCCAAGUUCGAUUUGAUUCCACUGUUCUUCUUCUUCAUCCUCCGAAAUUUCUCAAUAAACUAGAUCGUUCUUCCACAAUGAACAACAGAAAUGCUUUACCUCCUUCUCUUGUUGCUAAUCUUCAGCAAGUUUUGACUUCUAGAAAAAAUGUUGAAGUUCAAUCCGAGUCCAAUACCGAGUUGACUCACUCAUCUGAACAAAAUCAACAGCAACAGGAACAAGAAUCUACUCCUGGUUCUACUGUUGAUGAUGAACCUGUUGAGGGGAAUACCGAAGAUGUGAGCUCGAAACCAGUGAUUUUGGUUACUAAUAGCGAAGGAAUUGAGUCGUUUGGUUUAAUUUCUCUUGUUGAUGCUCUUGUUCGUGAUGGUCGCUUCGAUGUUCACGUUUGUGCUCCUCAAUUUGAUAAAUCUGCAUCAGGUCAUUCAUUGACAGUUCGUGAGACAGUUGAAGUUACUUCUACUGAAAUUAGCGGUGCCACUGCUUUUGAAGUUUCUGGUACACCUGCAGAUUGUGUGUCAUUAGCUUUAUCUCAUGCAUUGUUUUCUUGGUCAAAGCCUCUAUUGGUACUAAGUGGAAUUAAUAGGGGAUCAAGCUGUGGCCAAAACAUGCUGUAUUCAGGUGCCAUUGCUGGAGCAAGAGAGGCAUUGAUACAUAAUGUGUCAUCACUGUGCAUAUCAAUGGAAUGGAAGAAGGAUAUAUGCUCUGAAAAUGAUUUCAAGGAUGCUGUUGAAAUUUGCUUGCCGUUGAUUAAUGCUACUAUAAGAGACAUUGAGAAUGAGAGUUUUCCUAAAGGUUGCUUUCUUAAUGUGGAAAUUCCAGUGUCUCCUUCCACGAACAAGGGAUUCAGAUUGACAAGGCAGAGCUUGUGGAGAUCUAAUCUAUCCUGGAGAGCCAUUUCUGCAUACAAACAUCCAUCUGCUAUGAAUUUUAUGGCCCAUCAGCAAAGCCUUGGUAUUCAGCUUGCUCAGCUGGGACGAGAUGCAUCAGCAGCUGGUGCAGCACGCCGACUUCAAGCAAAUAAAAAGAAUGUAGAGGUUGAAUCUGUGGGAGUUGCGGGUAAACCCAAGACCCAACAAACAAUUAGAAAACAUUACCGUCUUGAGUUCUUGGAUGAAGAAAAGGGAGAUGCAGACGAUGAUUUUGAUUUUAAAGCAGUACAAAACGGAUUUGUUUCUAUAACUCCACUGGCUUUGUCUUCGGACCUGCAGACAGAGGUUCAUUCAUCGGUUUCAAAAUGGUUAUCAUCUGUCUUUCCAGGGGAACAAUGAUGUUUCCUCAACGCAGCACCAGAGAAAUUAUUUUCGAUUUAAAGACAGGAUCUACAUAUUUGGAACUGUUUCUUUUUGCCUCUGAUUGAGGAAAGCACAUAUAUUAUUUGUUCAUGUGCUGACUUAGAUGGGUGUGACUGUGUGAGUGAUCAAUUUCUUCGCUAUAUGAACUCCUUUUUGCCAAUUCGUUUUUUGUUUUGAACGAAUCUUCAGUCAUGUUAUUCUGAAUUCUUUUUUGUACAGAGGUCUCUGGACCUUUCUUCAUAUGGUUCAAUAGCUGUAAAUCUACGUCAGUAAACCUGUUUUUUGUGAUUUGGUUGUAACAAUGCACCAGAUUUGUGUUAGUGAAUACCUUGAUUUUUGAGGGUUUUUUGAAUGUACAUCCUGUUAUUUUGUUGUAACGAUGAACAAGUAUUUUGCAGACGUUAUGGGGUCGGGAAGGGUGUCUAUAAUAAUUUGAUCCGAAAUAUCAAGUAUUUGAUUUUAAAAUCGUGCAAUUUGGAUCGACUGUUCAGUUUUUGAACUAUUGAAUCCAGAUUGAGGGUUUUGAAAUCAUUUAUCAGAUUUUAAAGUUUUUUUUUUUUUUAGAUUUUAAAACAGAAAAUUCUAAAAAGACAAAGCCCUAAAGGUAUACGUAAU